AUGUGUAGCAGGCGAGCCACGGGCAGCGGGUGCAGGAGCAAGAUGGACGCGCACAACAACUUGCCGCAGAUUAAGUCGAUCUGGAUAGAUGAGGACGAGGAGGCGGAGAAGCUGUACGGGCUGCAGGCGCAGCAGAUGAUGGACUCGGACGACGAGGAGCUGCUGGGGGUGGUGACGCUGAACAGCGAGCAGCCGGUGCUGAACAACAAGACGCGGAUCGAGCUGCCGCCGCUGCCGCCGUCGGCGUACGAGCUGAAGAAGUCGCAGAGCGCGAUGGACCUGCUGGCGCGCAAGAAGCAGAAGUGGAAGCAGUUCUUCCUGGGGCGGCGGGAGGCGCGGGGGCGGAUGAGCAUCUCGGUGCCCUUUGCGUUCCAGCACAUCAGCCACGCGGACGGGCGGCUGUACGAGGAGGAGGCGGCGGCAGAGGCGGCGGUGCCGGCGGGCGGGGGGUUCAGCAAGGCGUUCGUGACGGACGCGCUGCCGCCGACGGCGUCGCCGCUGGAGGACGCGCGCGCGCGGCGCAGCGUGUCGUCGCUGAGCGGGCGCUCGUCGCGGCGGACGUCGCGGGCGUCGGCGUCGCUGAGCACGGCGCGGGUGGUGUCGACGUCGACGAUGGCGACGUCGGUGCUGGAGCUGGCGGCGCGGCCGCCGGAGAAGCUGGGGCAGCUGGAGCGCGCGCACCUGGAGGGGCGCAUUGGGCGGCUGCCGAGCGAGAGCGGCUCGAUGGACGAGCUGCAGCGCUACCACUUCCCGACGGUGCGGGAGGAGCCGCCCGCGGCGUUCGAGACGCCGCGCGUGCGCGGCGAGGACAAGUUCGGCUGGGACACGCCGGACAACGCGCGCACCCUGACGGAACACAUGCUGGAGCAGCUGCAGGGCUCGCCCGCCGUCCCGGCGACGGUGGGCACCCCGCGCCGCAAGUCGGACUCGGCCCUCACGCCCAUUCUCUGCAUGAAGGAAACGUUUACUGAGUCCCAGACGCCGAACGAGCGCCGCUCUGUGGACGACGUGCUACUAUACUACCACCAGGGCAGCGAGACCGACUCGACGCUGACUGGGCCGUCGAACCGGUUUUCGUUCGUGGGCGGGUCGCCCAAGCUGCCACACCCUCCAGCCGUGCACCGGGAGGGAGAUGCAUACAUGUGA